AUGUCAACUCAAGACCAGCAGCAGCAGCAGCAGCAGCAACAAACUGCACAGCCUCAGACUUCGACAGCCUCGAGUUCUAAUGCAGAAUCUACUUCUACAGUAACUCCAUCAAUUCAACAAAACGUUGUAUCUGAUGAUAGUUUACUCUGUCAAUGGGAGAAAUGUUCUGAAAGAUGUCCUACUCCAGAAUCUUUAUUUGAACAUAUCUGCGAGAAACAUGUUGGUAGAAAAAGUACCAACAACUUGAACCUCACUUGCGGCUGGAAUUCAUGCCGUACUACUACUGUCAAGCGCGAUCAUAUUACAUCUCAUAUUCGUGUUCAUGUUCCUCUCAAACCACACAAAUGUGAAUUCUGUGGAAAAGCAUUCAAGCGUCCUCAAGAUUUGAAGAAACAUGUCAAGACCCAUGCCGAUGACUCUGUUUUGUUGAGAUCUCCCGAACAACCUGGUGGCCCAAACGGAGGAUAUAGACAACCUGGUGGCAAAGUAAUUGCUAAUUUGCAGCACCUCGCAGCAAACCCCAUGGGUUAUUAUGAUCAUAAUGCUUCAAUGCAUCCUGGUUCCGGGAUGUAUGGCAAUUCGCAUCAUGGUGGCCAUAGUGGAUAUUACGCACCCGCUCAUCCUCCACCAUCUUCAUAUGGAGGAGGCCCAGGCUAUUACCAGAUGUCUCACAACCCCGACCUUGGUCAACAUGCAGCUUGGGAUGAGAAAAAGCGAAAUUACGAUAACUUGAAUGACUUUUUUGGUGCUGCUAAGCGUCGUCAAAUCGAUGCCAAUUCUUAUCAACAAGUUAACCAAAGGUUGAUGGCAUUGCAAGGUAUUCCUAUCAAUGGAGGUGGAGCUAUCCAUGACUACAUUCAUUCAGCACCUCAAUUAGUUCCAAUUGAUGGCCAUGGAGGUCAUGGGGGUCAUGGAGGUCCUAUCCCACAACACCAAUAUUCCCUACCUCUACCAAACUUGAGGACAAAGAGUGAUUUGAAUUCCAUUGAUCAAUUCUUGGAGCAAAUGCAAUCAACAGUCUACGAAAGUUCAAAUGCUGCAGCUGCAGCUGGCAUUCAUCAACCUGGUGCUCAUUACACUCACCAGUCUAUCAACUUCCGUCAAAGUCACUCACCACCACAAACUCAAAUCCACAACAUUGGUUCAAUGGCACCACAUGUUUCGACUUCUUACGCCUCAGCACCAAUGACCGCCACCCACUCAUCUCACUCAUCAGGUACACCAGCUUUAACACCUUCCUCAAGCUCUGUUUCAUAUACUUCUGGCAAUUCUCCAAUGUCCUCAAGUGGAUUGUCUCCCAUCUCUAGACAUAGUUCUACAUCAACUGCAUCAUACCCCAACCUCCCUGCAGUCUCUCUCGGAUACUCUCCACAUCAUUCAGCAACUGCACCAACAUCUACACUUGGCACAAACUUUGAUAGUGAUCCUCGUCGUCGUUACUCUGGUGGUGUCCUUCAAAGAAGUGCUGGUGGACUCAACUCUAGUCAAUAUCGCGAGUCUAUGGAGACCGCUACUAUUAGCUCUCCAUCACCAUCUCCAAAAGAAACAACUCCUCGCCCUGAAUCUAUCGUUCAAACUGAUGUCACAAAUAACAUUGAUCCAGCUCUUUCUGUAACUUCACCUACAGUUAGAUCAGUUGACACUCUUGAGAGUGCUCGCGAUAGAGCUGAAGAGGCAUGGAUUGAGAACAUUCGUGUCAUUGAAGCUUUGCGAAGAUAUGUCAGUGAGCGUCUUCAAAAUGGAGAGUAUGUCAAGGAUGAAGAAGAUGCCUCUGCGGCCGAUGUUGAUAUGAAAGGCGUCUCAACAAAGACCGAGGAGAAGCCAGCUGAGAGCUUGUACCCCGUUCUAAAAACAGAUGAUGAUGAGUAG